AUGGCUGGGCUGGAAACUUACCCCGAGCUUCCCGAUUCGCGCAGCAUUCGGGUCAUCAAGCUUCAUGGCGCCACUGGCCCCAGUGACGAUAUUCGAUUCGACCUCAUCACGGUGUCUCUUGAUGCACCGUUGCCGUAUGAGGCGAUCUCAUACACAUGGUCUGGGCAACCCCUCGAUCGACCCGUCUACGCCAAUGGCAGAGAGUAUCUCGUCACUAGAAAUGCGGAGGACGUCAUGAGGAGGCUGCGCCCAAAUAAGCCUGAGCAUUCUCGCAAUCUGUGGAUUGAUGCCAUCUGCAUCAACCAGAAAGAUGACAAAGAAAAGGCAGUAGAGGUACAGCUAAUGUAUGAGAUUUAUGCAAAUGCAGAGCGUGUCAACAUAUGGCUUGGCCAAGGAUCCGAAUCAACUGCCCUUGCCCUCAAAUGGCUGAGGUGGUAUAGCUGGACGUUUUCUCCAGUCUGGAAAGCCCAGGCAAAAUGCUAUAAGAAGCAGUUCCGAGAUGGCUUGGCUGACUUGGCGUCCAUGGAAUACUGGGAGAGAGCGUGGACAGUUCAAGAAGCAAACGCCAACGAACUAUGCUUUAUUCUAUGCGGAUCGUCUGCGCCGCUUCGGCUUGAUCUAUUUUACAUGAGCCAUUAUAUGAUCCCGCCGAUAUAUAUCUUCAGUCUCCUUAACAACAGCAAACUCAAUCAGCGCUAUAGCUUGCACAUACUGGACAUAUUUCACACCCAUACAAAAGCAACGAUAGCCAAAGAUAAGCUGUUUGCCAUAAGGGCCAUGUUUCCUGAUAGUCUGGGUGCAUUGACUAUCGAUUAUUCAGUAUCCGACAGCGAUAUUUAUACCGAAGCUGCUCGUAUCGUUCUAGAGGAGACACAGAACGUCGAGUUCUUUAGAUAUGCUUGCCAAACUAGUCGAGAGAACAAGUUUCCCAGUUGGGUACCUUCAUGGUCCGCGCUUAUCGACAUUCCUGAUUGGAUAUGUAAAUUUGCGCCGGCGACAAUUUCCGAGGAGGCUAUUAUAACAGAGGACGAUGAUAUAAAAAUAGUCAAGUUGAAGGGACGGCGGGUUGAUAAAGCUGCAUCUGCUGUCAGUGAGCGCUUCCCACGUGUAGCACCCCUGCAGGUCCCCUGGUCACGCUCGUUGGAUCUCAAUGUUGCGCGCGAGGCCUUCGUGGUGUUUAGGGAAUGGGUACAUUCAACUGGUGCAGCAAACAACGAGGACCCCUGCAUGCAUCAACUGGCAUGGAUGAUAUCUCAAAUGAUCAAUCUGGAUGUCAAUGACGUUCUGGCUUGGUUUCAUUUAACAUGGUCCGAAGAUAAUUUUGGUAUGGAGAAGCUAUGGGACUACGGAUUGCAUGGGGGAGAAGUCUGCGAUUCUCGGAAAUUCACGGUGAACUUCUUGCAAAUGGUCAGUGGAAGGUCGCUUUUCAUGACGGAAACAGGAAGGGUCGGGAUGUCAACUUUGGUCAUACGUCCAGGAGACGAAAUCGCUCUACUUACAGGCGAAAAGCUGCCAUAUGUGAUCCGAAAAAACCUCGAUCGUCCAGACAAAUACUCGUUAGUAGCACCGUGUUGGGUGAGCGGUGCUCUCAUGGGUGAGGAGUGGCCGGGUUGGAAUGGGCAGCUGGAGGACUUGGAAGACAUUGAACUGGUUUGA